AUAACUUUUGAACCUGUUGACUCGUCACCUCACUCACAGCUCAACAAGUUUUGUAAUUUAUUUUAGGGUCGUUAACAAUUAUCUGAUCUCCUCCUUUCCUGCGUUAUUAAUUACGUAGCCAUGAAAUGCGAUGAGACAUUUUUAAAGUGGAAUCAUCAACUAACCCACAAUUCCAUAUUCCCAUGUGGGCGUUCUGUCUCUUGAAGUGCUAAGAGAAUUAUUAUCCAUUCAUCCAAUCCAGAUUAUUUUCCAGUGUCUCUCAUCGUUAUCAAUCCAAGCAGUCAAGAGCCGUAUUUAGCCAGAUUACCACACAAACCAUUGCCUCAUUUCUGGUUUGAGUAGCAACCGAAUCAGCCCAUAAAUUCAAAGUGACGUAAAGAAAAACAGUAUAACCAGUUAAAUUUUAUUACCGUGUUUAUAUAAUUCUUGGUUUCUGAAGAUUUUCGUGAGGAUUUUAUCAUUAGUUUGAGUUCUUGAGUGAAGGUACAGAGUGGGACAAAAUGCCGCAACGACUCAUCAGUAAGGACGCGGCGGACAUUGAGAGCAUCCUGAGUUUGAAUCCAAAGAUUAAACCCUUCGCGUCCCUUGUCCCUUCCGCUGAGACAAAAGUAAACAAGAAAAACUGGAAACGAAAUGGAGACAAGCAUUGCAGUAGCUGUCCACCACUUACGAACAACUUUGAUGACAUCAAACACACCACUUUGAGCGAACGGGGAGCCCUUCGUGAAGCUAAUCGUUGUUUAAAAUGCGCCGAUGCACCAUGUCAAAAAUCCUGCCCUACACAACUGGAUGUCAAGACUUUCAUCGGAAACAUUGCGACAAAGAACUACUAUGGAGCCGCAAAAGCAAUUUUUUCUGACAAUCCGUUAGGUUUGACUUGUGGGAUGGUCUGCCCCACGAGCGAUUUAUGCGUGGGUUCGUGUAAUCUUUACGCAUCUGAAGAAGGACCCAUCAACAUUGGAGGUUUACAACAAUUUGCGUGCGAGAUUUUUACCAAGAUGAAAAUCCCUCAAAUCGUCCCACCCAACUUGGACAAUAGCUCAAAAAGCUACCAGAACUCUAAAAUUGCUCUUAUCGGAUGUGGACCGGCAUCAAUUUCUUGUGCCACAUUUUUAGCACGAUUGGGCUACAAGAACUUGGUAAUUUACGAGAAGGAAAAAUACAUUGGUGGUUUGAGCUCGGCUGAAAUUCCACAAUAUCGACUCCCCAUCGAAGUCGUUCAGUACGAGGUGGAGUUGAUGCAGGACCUUGGCGUUCAAAUCGAAUGCGGCAAAAAGUUUUCUGCCACUAACGGCCUUACUUUGACGAAAUUGAAAAACUACGGAUUUGACGCCGUGUUUGUUGGAAUUGGUCUUCCAAAUCCGAAACGGGUUCACCCUUUCGAAGAUCUGACUGAAGACAUGGGAUUUUUUACUUCAAAGGACUUUCUCCCAAAAGUUGCACUUGCAAGCAAACCAGGCAUGUGUGCAUGCACUAGCAAAAAAACACUGCCUCAACUAUCUGGAAAGGUAAUCGUGCUUGGAGCUGGUGAUACGGCGUUCGAUUGUGCAACGUCCGCUCUCCGUUGCGGAGCUUCCAAGGUUUUUGUCGUAUUCCGUAAAGGAUUUACAAACAUUAGAGCCGUUCCGGAAGAGAUGGAUUUGGCUCGUGAAGAGAAAUGCGAGUUUAUGCCAUUCAUGGCUCCAAAAUCGGUGAAUAUGAAGUCGAACAAAAUUAUGGGUAUGGAAUUCUAUCGAACUGAGGUGAACGAUGAUGGCGAAUGGGUCGAAGACAAGGACCAAGUUUGUACUAUCAAGGCUAGUUAUAUCAUUUCAGCGUUUGGAUCCAGCCUGUGCGAUGAAGAGGUUCAAGCUGCUCUGCAACCUCUAAAAAUGAACAAAUAUGGCCGACCAGAAGUGAAUGAGAAAACCAUGCAAACAUCUGAAGAUUGGGUCUUUGCUGGAGGUGAUAUUGCUGGAGUUGCGGAAACGACUGUGGAAGCUGUCAAUGAUGGGAAAACGGCAUCUUGGAGUAUUCACCGUUAUCUUCAAGGAAAGUAUGGUGAGACCGUUCCCGAUGUCGCCCAAUUACCAAAGUUCUACACGCCAAUCGAUAUGGUCGACUUGAGUGUUGAAGUUUGUGGAAUGAAAUUUGAGAAUCCUUUCGGACUCGCGUCAGCCACUCCUUGCACGACAAGCCCCAUGCUUCGUCGCGCUUUCGAAGCCGGGUGGGGAUUUGCUGUGACCAAAACUUAUUCCCUUGACAAGGACUUGGUGACAAACGUUAGUCCACGCAUCGUUCGUGGUACUACUUCCGGUCAAGUUUUCGGCCCUGGACAAGGAGCUUUCCUCAACAUUGAGUUAAUCUCAGAAAAAACUGCGGCUUACUGGUGUCAAAGUGUGAAAGAGUUGAAAGCUGAUUUCCCCCAAAAGAUCAUUAUCGCGAGCAUAAUGUGCUCGUACAAUUGCAAGGAUUGGACGGAACUUGCAAAAAUGGCUGAGAAUUCGGGAGCUGAUGCGUUGGAGCUGAACUUGUCGUGUCCCCAUGGGAUGGGUGAGCGUGGGAUGGGGCUCGCCUGCGGUCAGGAUCCCGACCUCGUGAGAAAUAUUUGCCGCUGGGUUCGAGCAGCCAUUAAGAUUCCAUUCUUUGCCAAGCUCACUCCCAACGUUACGAACAUUGUGGAUAUUGCUCGUGCCGCGCAUGAAGGUCAUGCUGACGGGGUGACCGCAACAAACACGCUGUCCGGUCUGAUGGGUCUCAACGUUAGCGGAGAACCCUGGCCAGGCGUUGGUAGCGAGAAACGAACCACGUACGGAGGUGUUUCCGGAAAUGCUAUUCGUCCCGUGGCCCUUCGAGCUGUGUCUCAUAUUGCAAGGGCACUGCCAGGAUUCCCAAUUCUGGCCACGGGCGGUAUCGACUCGGCAGAGACGGCGUUGCAAUUUAUACAUUGUGGGGCGUCUGUUGUGCAGAUUUGCAGUGCCGUUCAAAACCAGGACUUCACCGUCGUUGAUGACUACAUCACCGGGCUGAAGGCUCUACUUUACUUGGACGCUGUUGGUUUAAAGGGUUGGAACGGGCAGUCUCCACCCACACCGAGACACCAAAAGGGUAAAGUCCUGACCAGUUAUUCAGCCAUUGAUAAGCAUUUGCCUUCAUUUGGAAAGUAUCUUUUGGAACGAGAACACUUAAUUGCUCAGGACAAAGAACAAACGACACUUGAGCAGCUAGAGAAGGGUUUAGAGAAGCGGAGUGUUUCGAAACCAAGCUCUGCCAUUUCUGGGAUUUGCGACAUGGUGGGCAAAGCCAUCCCAAGAAUUGGAACGUAUGGGGACCUGAACAAUAAGGAACAAGUUGUGGCUCUCAUUGAUGAUGAAAUGUGCAUAAACUGUGGUAAAUGUUAUAUGACUUGCAACGACUCUGGCUACCAAGCCAUUGAAUUCGGCAAGGACUCUCACUUUCCACUGGUCACUGAUGAAUGCACUGGAUGCACUUUGUGUCUUUCUGUGUGUCCCAUCAUUGAUUGCAUUACAAUGGUACCAAGGCCUACGGAAUAUGUACCGAAACGAGGAAUUCCUCCAGCUCAGAUGGCAAGUGCAUAAGAAUAAUAAUAAAAAUCUAAAGGAUAUUUUAUUCACGUUCAAUUUACUGAACCAUGUAAACAAUUUGUUUAGAUAAAUAAAUAAUUGUGUUGUGAUUAAAAAUUCUGA